AUUUAACAUCAUUAAUUUAGAUAAUAAAUAGUAAUUAUAAAUCUUUCAUAUAGUUUAAAUAUAGGAAAAAAUAAUUCAUUAUUUAUAAGACAUAAUAUGCAUUAAAACAAUCCUGGGAAUAGAUAUUUUAGUUAGAAUCAAUUUAACUAAUAGAACUCAUUCAACUAAUAAGCUGCUUUAAACUUAUUGCAGUAGACUGGAGGAUUAGGAGGAAGCGGAUUUAAUUUAUUGUAAAAUGCAUAAAAUCAAACUGCAGGAUUUCCGAUAUCUAGUUUAAGCUCAUAGACAUAUCCUUCUCAAUUCGGAAUUAAUUAGCAAGCUAAUAGUGCAUCUUAGAUUAAUAAUCUUCAAGGGAAUUAAAUAAUACCAGGAGCUUCUAAUUUCUAAAUAUCUAGAAAUUUGAGGGUUUUACCUCCGGCUCCAGGUUCAGUAUAAAGUGCAUAAAAUAGCUUUAACUUGAUUAAAAAUUAACCUCAAAAUAUACAAAAGAGAAGAAAUGAAAUCGAGAUUCAAACUUCUCUUGAAAACCAGCCAUUAAUCUAAAAAAAGAUCAAAACUGAUAAUUUAUCUCUCACUCUACAAGAAGUAAUGCAAAUAGAGCCAGAAAAUAAAUAGCCAAUUAAUCAGAAGGUUUAUGACAUAUCUAAAUAUGAAAUUUCUAAAGAAGUAGAUGAAAAAAUUUAAAAUACAAAAAAAUUACUAGAGAACAUUCCAAAGAUAAAACCAAACUUUAUCUCACUAUAAUGCUGUGAAUCAGCAAAGCUCUAAGUAGACUUAUUUCCACAAAAGUUCUUUAAUCCGGAAUUUAAAAACGAGUUAAAAAAAGAUAUCUUUGAAGACCCUUCAUGUUUUAAAGAGGCACCAUAGAGCAAAAGCUUGAAAAAAGUAUAUUGCUUAGUUGAAGAUUUAUCUAAACUGAUGAAUGUGCUAAAAAUUGAUAAAGAAAAUGAAAUAAAGAUGAGUGAGAAAAGCUCUUAUUAGAGAUUGAAUUCCAAGGAGUCAAGAAAAAAAGACGAUGGUGAUAAUAAUAAUAAAAAAAUAAUUAAAAAAUAAGGCCCUGGUAGAAGAAAAAAAAGAAUCGAAGACAGUGAAUAAGAAAGUGAAUAAUAAAAUAUGGAAGAAGAAAAUAAUGAUGAUUAUUAUCAUUAAUCUAAAGAAGAUAGUGAAAACUACUCUUUAUCUUAGCCAUAAAGUGCUACUUAGAAAAAAAAGAAUCAACAAAAGAGGAUUUUAAGAAAAAAGAGAAAUAAUAGCAAAAAGGUCUAAGAUAAUGAUGAUUCUGAUUUUAUAAAAAGUGAUGAUUCAGAAUCUUAAUCUGAAGAAGAUUAAGAAGAUUAAAGCUCUGAGUAAAGUGAAAAUUCAGAUUAGGAAAAUAGUUUACCCUAAAAGACUAAAAGAAGAAUUCUAAGAAGAAAAAAGUCUGUAGUAAAUGAUGAUUCUGAAUAGGAAGAUUAAGAAGAAGGUUCUUUUAAUAAAAAUGGCUAGGAUGAUAGUGGAGAGAAAUAAAAAAAUAAAAGAGGAAGAAGAUUACUUUAAAAAAAUAAACUAACCAAAGUAGGUAAAAACAAAAAUACUGUUGAAAGUGAUGAAGAAUAAGAAUUUAAUAAUCCAAUUAAAAAAGAAAAAAAUAAUGAGGAUUCAUCUGAAAAUGAUGGAAUAAAGAUAGCUAGAAAAUAACCCAAAGCUAAAUUGUAAAUAGACGAUGAUGAAGAAAAAGAAGAAUAAAAUUCUCAAUCAAAUUAAAAGUAAACUCCUUAACUCAAUGCUAAAAUAGCAUCUAUUUAGAAAUAAGAAGUAAAAGUCGAAAAUGAAACAAAAAUAGAAGUGGAAGAAGAAUAAAGCUAACCUCUAGAUUAAUAAAUAAAACUAGAAAAUGAUAUUAAAAUUGAAGAGAAAGUGGAAUCAUCUGCCAAUUCAUAAAUAAAUAGCUAAUAGCAGUAAACCCUUAUAAAUAUAGAAAAUAAACUUUAAAAAAUUAAAGAAAAAGAUAUACUACUAGCAUCUAAAGCUAAUGAGAUUGAAAAAAAAUAAAAAUAUCUAUUUGAUUAGCAGCAGAAAAUUUUAUAGCUAAAGAUGUAAUAUAAUACAGCAAUCCUAGAAUAAAAGCAUGCUGCUAUCAAUUUAGAAAUUGUUAAUAAACACACUUCUAUAUCGUGA